AUGAACUUGCGAAUCAUGAAUUUCUCCCCCGGGGACGUGGUGAUCCGGUGCGGCGAUACAAGUUCCGAGAUGUACUUUAUUUUGAAAGGCGGGUGUCAGGUUUUGCGAGCAAAGGACCUGUCCGUCAUCAAAACGCUACGCGAACACGACUACUUCGGGGAGUUUGCUUUGCUCUACAAAACACCUCGUCGCAGAACGGCUUGGGUGCGGGCGCAGGUGUACUGCACGCUCGCGAUAUUGUCCGCGUCGGCUUUCAACACGAUCCUCGCUGAGUUUCCGGAACAGCGGGAACUGAUGCGGGAGAAGAUUAAGAAG